GAUCCGCCCCUGUGGUCAUGUGAAGAUUUGAAGGUCCGAUGGAAAACUAUUUUGUGAAAAAUAUUUUUUAACGACUGGAAAUUAAUCUAUUGACUGGUAUUCGGGUACGGUGUCUCUGCAUGCAUUACAUGUAACAGAUGUGGCGUUUCCAGAGCGAAGUUGUUUAAAAUUUAGACAGAUUAAGGCAUCGCUUGUGGAGAAAGAACUAGAUGUUACGUAUCCAGACAUUGUACAGAGGUUUAAAAUUGGCAAGAUCAUCAAUAGAAAGUUCUUUUGCUGCUUAUCAGACCUCUGCCAACAUGACUUCCUCAAAGAAUCCAGCCAUUGCAAAGGAGUAUGAGAACAUAAUCAAGUCUGCCCAGGACAAGAGACUCUAUCGAGGCCUUCAACUCAAUAAUGGCAUGAAGAUCGUUCUCAUUAGUGAUCCUACAACAGAGAAGUCUGCUGCUGCCCUUGACGUCCAUGUUGGUUCCUUGUCAGACCCGUGGGAGAUUCCUGGUCUUGCUCAUUUUCUUGAGCACAUGCUCUUUCUUGGAACCGAGAAGUAUCCAUCAGAAAAUGCAUACUCACAGUUUUUGAACGAGCAUGGAGGGUUUGCUAAUGCAUACACCAGCGGUGAGCAUACCAACUUUUACUUUGAUGUCUCACAUGAACAUCUACAGGGAGCCCUUGAUAGGUUUGCCCAGUUCUUUCACUGUCCUCUGUUCAACCAAGAUGCCCAAGAUAGGGAAGUCAACGCUGUGGAUUCUGAGAAUGACAAAAACCUCAAGGCAGAUUCUUGGAGGAUCUUUCAACUUGACAAGGCUACAGUCAACCCAUCCCAUCCCUUUAGCAAAUUUAACACGGGUAAUAAGGAUACAUUAGCUACAAUACCACUGGAAAAGGGGAUCGAUGUCCGUAAAGAACUCUUAAAAUUUCACUCUGAUUUCUACUCGUCUAACAUCAUGGGAUUAGCAGUACUAGGAAGAGAAAGCUUGGAUCAGUUAUCAGAGAUAGUCCUCCAACUCUUUUCCAAUGUGGAGAACAAGAACGUAAGGAUAUCUGAAUGGUUGGAACACCCAUAUGGUAAAGACCAACUCAAGGUGAAGUUUGAAGUGGUGCCAGUAAAAGAUCUGAGACAGCUCAAUGUCAGUUUCCCCAUCCCUGAUCUACAAGAGCAUUAUAAAUCAAAGCCUGCUCACUAUCUAGGCCACAUGGUUGGUCAUGAAGGUCCAGGAAGUCUACUCUCAGAACUCAAAGCUAGAGGAUGGGUGAACACGUUAUGUGGGGGAGAGAAAGAUGGCGCCAAAGGAUUUGCCUUCUUCAUCAUCAAUGUUGACUUGAGUGAGGAAGGAUUAGAUCAUGUUGAUGAUAUCAUCCUGCACAUGUUUCAGUAUCUGAACAUGUUAAGGAAAGAGGGUGCCCAGCAAUGGGCCCAUGAUGAAUGUAGAGAUCUGGAUGCCAUGAGGUUUAGAUUCAAGGAUAAAGAGAGGCCCUCGGGGUACGUCACCAAAGUGGCUCAUCUCUUACACGACUACCCCAUGGAUGAGGUGUUAAGUGCUUCGUAUCUGAUGCCUGAGUUCAAACCAGAUGUGAUCACUGAGAUCUUGGAAAGGCUCACUCCAGAAAAUAUCAGAGUAGCAGUUGUGUCCAAAUCCUUUGAGGGUAAAACAGAGAAGGUUGAGAAGUGGUAUGGCACAGAGUACAGCAUCAGGAAUAUAGAACCGAGUUUGAUCAAGAGGUGGGAUGAAGCCGGCCUGAAUGAAAAGUUCAGCCUCCCUCCCAGGAACGAGUUCAUCCCGACAAACUUCGAGCUUGCCCCCAGGGAGAAGGAGGGCAUGUCCACACCAACGAUGGUCAGAGAGACCCCUCUCAGUAAACUAUGGUUCAAACAAGAUGAUACUUUCCUACUUCCCAAGGCCUGUAUGCUGCUAGAAAUAUCAAGCCCCCUGGCAUACAUUGAUCCCCUGCAUUGUAAUCUGACCUCAAUAUUCUGCACCUUGUUACGGGACGCCCUCAACGAGUAUGCAUAUGCAGCAGAGAUUGCUGGAGUUAGUUACUCAAUAGACAGCACUAUCUAUGGUUUGGAGGUCGGAGUGGGAGGCUACAGUGAUAAGAUGGCUCUCUUACUACAGAGAGUCUUUGAGAAAAUGACUAACUUUGUAAUCAAUGAAAAUAGGUUUGAUGUCAUCAGAGAAACAUAUUCAAGAAUGUUGUCAAACUUCCAUGCAGAGCAACCUCAUAGACAUGCUGUGUAUUAUACAUCAGUGCUAGUAGCGGAGCAGGCCUGGACCAAGCUGGACCUAGCCCAGUGUAUGGAUGAGGUUACGUUGGAGAGGUUAAAGAGCUUUAUUCCUCUGCUCCUGUCCAACCUCCACAUGGAGGCCCUCUUCCAUGGUAACGUAGCCCAGGAGCAGGCAGCCUCCACCAUGGAGAGCCUAGAGAAUAUCCUCAAGACCAAUACAAGGAGUAAACCGCUCCUUCCCAGUCAGCUGAAGAAACAGAGGGAGAUUCAGCUACCAGAUGGUUGCUACUACACGUACCAUCGUAACAAUGAAGUACACAGUAACUCAGGGAUUGAGAUAUAUUAUCAGACAGCUGUACAGGAGACAAAGAAUAAUAUGAUGCUUGAACUAUUCUGUCAGAUCGUCAGCGAGCCUUGUUUCAACAUGCUUAGAACAAAAGAACAAUUAGGUUAUCUAGUAUUCAGUGGUGUAAGGCGUUCUAACGGCGUUCAGGGUCUUCGAUUCAUCAUUCAGUCAGAGAGGGCGCCAGCCUAUUUAGAUCAGAGAAUAGAGGCUUUCCUCAGUAGCAUGGAGGCUCACUUAGAAGAGAUGACGGAGGAAGAUUAUCAGAAGCAUGUGACCGCAUUAGCAGUGAAAAGAUCAGAAAAACCCAAGCAAUUGAGAGAAGAAGCUGCAAGAUACUGGACAGAAAUCACUUGCAAACAAUACAACUUCGAUAGAGUUGACCUUGAGGUGUCCUUUUUGAAGACCAUCACCAAGGAUGACCUUUUGACCUUCUACCGUAACCUUCUGAUGGUUGCUGCCCCCAAGAGGCACAAGUUAGCCGUCUAUGUCUAUCCACCUGCUCCUGAGGGGAUUGAUCAGAUCCCGGCUGCUGGUCAAGACCAACCCGAUGCUGCAACCAAAGAUAAGUUGGAUCUACAUGAGGCUCCAAUCCUACCUGAGCCACAAGGCAUCAGUGAUAUAGCCCUCUUCAAGAGUGGUCUUCCACUCUUUCCUAGACCUCCUCCACACAACACAAACAAUGCCAAAUCAAAGCUUUGAGGAUCGGUCAACAGACACUGACAGACACAGGCACAAAGCAGGUUCCACUGCACUCGACUGACUACAAAGGACUGUUAAAAUGAUCAAUCCAUGAUGCAAAUAGUGCAAUGUUGAGGAUCUGCAGAACUGGCAGAACCUACAGACAUGCAGGAGGUUCAGAAGCUACAUAGUCCCAACCAUUCAUCCCUUUGACUACUACUACUACUACAAAAGUUGGGAAUGCCAUUCUAAGCUUCAGGAUCAGCAAAAGUGGGCAGUGCCAUACAGGUGAAGACUGUCCAUCCAGGGGCGUAUUGAGUUAAAUCAAUGCUGAGGACAAGUGCUUAAAUUGCACCCUUCUGAACUUUUGACUGUGGUGACAUCUCUUGAUUUCCAUUAGGAUGAUUUCUCUUCUGCCCUCUAAUAUUGGCAACGGGACAAGUGCCCCACUUGUCCCUUAGAUAUGUAUUUGUCUGUGAUAAGCUGGGGUUAAGAGUGAGUUAUCUCUUUAUAUUACUUCCACACAAUACUUUCAAUAUUGGUUUAAAGGGGAUGUUUACCCUGACAAAAAGCUUAUUGUAAAAAUAGCAGAAAAAAUAAUUUGUGGAGGUUUUAGGAAAAUCUAUCUUUGAUUAAAAAAGUUAUUAGAAUUUUAUCUUUUAUAUUUGUGACAUUAAAUGCGAGCAGCUUUCCUAUAUACAGGUGUGUCAUGUAGGAAAAAAAUAAAUGAAAUGUCCUUUACUCCAAAAAACAUAAAUGGAUUUUAUUGCACAUUCAGUUUAUCAACAGACGAAUCUUUUCAGAACCAUUCCUAAAAAAAAAAAAAAUUAGUUAUCAUGAACCAUAAAAAUGUGAAAUUUAUGCAUUUUAUAUUACAUAACGUAUAGGGCAGCUGCUCGAAUAAAAAAUUCUAAUAACUUCCUUAAUCUUUGUUUGAUUUUUUCAAACCUUCAAUAUUUUUAUUAGUUUUUCUGGUAUUAUUCCAACAAACUUUUCGUCAGGGUAAACUUCUCCUUUAACGCUUUGAGGACACCCAGAAUCCAAAUCUCUAACACCUUGUAUCUGUCUGGGAACAAGUGUUGUACUUACAAUUUGGUCUUUACUGAUCGAUCAUAUUUGACCAAGUGAAUGCCUGAUUAGCCCGAUAAACGUCAGUGUAUUAUAGGUCUUGAUAUAAAUCUUUUGAAAUACAUGAUAUAGAGUUGCCAAUUGUCACAUUGGUUUUAAUCUGAAUGUUACAAACCUGUUGGGUUUUUCUUAAAGCUCUUUGCAAAGUUACGCACAGUUUAAUGCAAGAUUGGAACAUGUUCUAAGGUUCUCGGUCAGCUACUCGGUAAUGUCAUAUAGCACAAGAAAGGGUCAGCAGUCGGACAUAAAGUCAUUCGUAACUUCUGAAUAGCUUUAUUAACACCCACCUUGACCCUGUAGUAUGAAGAGAUACAAUCAAUUUUUCCAGUUGACUACAUUUUGAGCACAGUUUGCCAUGAAUUUAAGAUAACAUUUUAAAAAUUGUUUGUAUUAUGUUAGAUCAUGGAUAGCCACAAGUUUACAAUUAUAGUCUGUUUCAUAAUGAAUUUUAAUUUUUAGUAGGUAUGCACUGUUUGUCCCACACUGUACUCCAUUUACAAUCAGUUGUCAUGUUCAGUUUGUAAGUGCCAUCAGUUCUUGCAUUCUAUGAUACUUGUGUCUCCAACAUUAUUAUCCUGAGUGACUUAUGGGUCAAUCACUUAUUCCUGAGACAUACAAAAUAGAAUGUACUAUGAAUGUGAAUUGAAAAAUUAUAGAAAUAUUUAAUUGAUAAAUGAAUCUCCUUGCAUUGGGAAGAGUAAGGAUUAUUCAAUAGAACUACAAAAAAAACAUCCCAGGAAAACUGAAGUGUUUAAAUGAAAAACUGUGAUUAGUCUCUCCUGAUGUGGAAGAACGUUUUUAAGGCGCAACUUGCAUGCACAUAUCAUGAAAUGCAACAAUUGUAUUUCUGCAGUUGACUGUAUCUUCCAUGUAUCAGAUUCAUGUUCCUUUUAUUUAUUGGCUUCUAUUUAAACUUAUAGACAUUUUUAUUAGCUCUGGCUAUGUAUGAAUAGCAGUAAGUCUGACAGGAUUCUCUAUGUUGUGUAAAUGGUAAUGAAAUGCAUAUGAUUGUGCAAUAUAUUCAAGAAGAACUUGAAUAUGAACAUAUCUGCAUGUGGACCAAUAUAAAGCAUUGUUUUAAUAUUAAUAGGCAACUUUUAACAGUAUGAAUAUUAUACAUCUUUA